AACGCACAAUACACAUUUCCGAGUGUAUUUCCUAGACACACCUUUAUACAUUUCGUUGACUGCUUCCGUAUCAGCUAAAACAAAAAGCAAGAAAUCCCAUCGGAUUUUAGACAACGACAAGUACUUCAAGAGCGUAUUCAAGUGUUUGUCAAUUGUCUCAAGAUGACUUCUAGGAUUUUUCUCACAGCAUUGUGUCUGCUGACAAUCUCUUUUGCUCUGGCGUCAGAGGAAGGCGAUAAGGAUUCAACCUCUUUAAAGGUAAAAGAAUUAAAUGGUUCGAUUCGUCGUUCUAACUCUCAUGAGUCGCUGUAGGAACUCGGAUCGCCUAACUUGUAUGUUUGCUCUGAUGUCUGCUUCACACGCCAAUAAAGCCACACAAAAUGUAGAAAAUAAAUGCUUAAUGUUCCCAGGGUAGAUCAUACUAUGUAAAAGUAACCUGUAGGUAGCGAAGGCAGUUUCGACACCUCUCCUAUUGUAGCUAGCUAGCUGAACAUCAAAAUGCUGCAGUUAGUAAAGUAAGUAUCAGUAUGUUACCGAGCCGAUUAAUAUAAAGUGCGUAUCACUGUAGCGUGAGAUUAAAUCACCUAUAUAAUUUAGAGACGCAGAUAAACGAGACCGUGAUUGAAGUUCGUCGAUUCUAUGGACUAAAGUUUUCUUGCCUACGUGCAAGUUCUACCGUGGAUUCUCAAGUCCAAAUAUUCAUCUCAUCUUCGCGUGUAGAUACGGAACCCGAAAUUUCAUGGUAGUGCAACCUCAAAAACAUGACACUUCAGCGAGGUUUAACUGAAUAUAUUGACAAAUAACUAGGGGAAAAGAGUUUCGACGCCUACCAUUGUCUAGUUUUAGAAAAGGAUUCUUUGUUUCCUCGAGGUCGAGAAAUUCAGUUUACAUUGGGUCGCUGGAUCGCGCCUUGCGUUUGUGAAGCCACUGACAAAAAGUACUUAACUUCCUAACUUCCUCUCCACCAUCACUUUAUCAUUAUCACUUAUAAUCAUUUGCCUGGACCAGUAGGAAAACCCCAAAUGACUCAUUCCAUAACCGCAAAAGUGACAUCAAAGCUGUCAGUUUGAUAACAUUACUUCAUUAAAAAAGCAAGAUUCUGCUCUCAACUCGUUUCUGACCAACUGUUUUGACACAAAGAGUGUAGUGUAACAAUCAGUCCAUUUUGUUGUAGUCAUGUUUCGCUAGAUUACCAGAAUAUGAAGACAUAAUAAUUAUAAAUGGAAAAAUCUGUCAGAAUAAGCAUGAGAAACACUUUCGGAAGCGGUAUUUUCCAUGUUAGACACGGUUUUCGUGUUAGCAAAAGAAUUACCAAACAAAAGACCUGAGCAAAUAUGAUUGGCUGACAAGUUUAUAUUUGAUUCCUGAGUCGGUCACUGUUUUCAGUUUAUUUUUCGUAAAAGAAUGAGAAAAAAAUGAGCCUUCAUUGGGCUUGGUGCCAGAGAGUAUUCUAAAUAUAACAUGAGUUUUCCUUGAUAUGCUUAUAACUGUUUUCAGCUUUAUCUAAAUUCGUUCUACAAUUUCAGAUACAUAAUUACAAAAUAAUUACAUGACACUGAUGUUUUUCAGGAUCACUGGCUUGUUUAUUUUCGAUUUAUUUAUUAAAUUCUUAUAGUUUUUGUUUUCAGGAUAUUAGAAAGAAAUAUUGCAGAACACUCCGUUCUAAUAUCUCUAAGUGACCCUUACAAAGAUGUUGCAUGUUCGCACAACCUAAGACCAAUCAUGGCUUAUGAUAUAAAAAGAAGAGAUAAUCUCAGAUAUUGCAGUCUACAAAAUAUAUUAUUCCCAUCUUGUCGGAUGCUUCGAGACAUUGAUAUUUGUAGCCUUUUUUAAAAAUAUACUUAGCGCUAAAAUUGGUCCUUCGUCAUGGGAAAUACUUGUGACAAAAAUUAGUAACGAAGGAUGUAUUUUUUGACUCUUUAGUCUUUUUACCCAUCUGUUGACGACGGCCUUAAUCUGCGAGGGCGUUAUGAUCAUGACAGUGUGUUUAUGUCGUAUCUGGGUGACUAAUGGAUUCAAACGAAUUUAGCGCUAACGUAAGAGGACUUUUUACGGAGUUGAUGAAGCAAAGUUCAUGGCCGUCGCAAAGUUAACAAGAGGGCCAGAAGAGAGAUAGCCUUCGAGCAAGGCUCAGGGCGCUCUAUGGACAGCAGGACACAAAAGGAAGGAGCUCUCCCUCCUCUUGCGCCCGUCGUCAGAGCGUCCAGGAGAGCUUACUCGCAGGUUAUAGGAGAAAUUGUACCGAGAGACUCUUAAUCAGAGCGCCAUCCUUUUAAUUUAAUCUCUUCAAGUGGCCCACUUACGUUGUAACUUGGUCAAUGAAACCCAUUUAUUUCUCAUAGACGAAUUCGUUAUUCAGUACGAGAAAUUGAACAGCUAACCUUGUACGACACCGCACUUCCUUGAUCCAAAGCUAAGAUUCCAAGUGUAUAUUCUCUUCUAUCGAUGUCCCAGCCUUAAUUAUUCAUGUAUUAUUAAUUACACCUUCCUGAUGGUCUUUACAUAGUUUUCUUUUUGUUGUUGUUAUUUUUUUUUCUGCGUCGCGCCAGACUAAAGCAUUAAAUCUAUUUAUCUCUGUUUUGAUGGAGCAGGUGUUCCGGGCUUUUAAUUCCGUUUGUCUAUUGAUGUAGACGUAUCGUCUUUAUCUGUUUUCGGCCUAUUAUGCAUAUUUUCAACCGAGCCACCGUGGAUUUUCAGAAUUUUAAGGUGGCCCCGAACCGCUUCCUACUUCCGGUCACCGAAUUCACGUUGUUUUCAGUUCUCUUUCUCUUUAACUACAAUAGAAUAACUUUGGUGUCUCACUUCUUCUUUUCUACAUCACAAGUUCUUAGUUACCUUGUUUAUUUCUUUGUUGUGACUUUCUAAAAAUAUAAUAUUCUAAGCAUAAGCAUUCAAGCAUACAUGUCUGACAUAUUAAAUAUUGUCGGUUGAGUCGCCGUGGUUUUUCAGCAAGCAGACAUAUUUUAGAUAGACCAAAGGCCCAACCCACGAGCGGCUUACCGCGGCGUUAGCACUGUAAAGACUUAAACGAAACCGGAAACCUCUUAUGAAAAGUUUCUUGCACCAGGGUAUAGAAGAGGGUACGGACCACUUGAACUGACAAAUGUCUACAUUAGACUCCUGAAGGAGAAGAUCAUCCUAAAACGAUUAAUAAAGAUAACGAACCCAUCCCGGUAAAGCCACAGUCAUCGUCAAAAGUGUUGGGAAGGCUGCUACUCUUUGCCUCUUUUUUUUCUUGUUCCCGUCGUCCCUGGCCGAAUGUUGAACAAAACUUGAGUGUUUGUGCGGGUCAUUGUCCUGUUAUAUCCCAAACUUGAAUGUGGGGGUGGGACAGGGGAUAUUUAGCACAAAGCAAAGCCACUUUUUGAACAAUAAAAUGAACCACUGUUAAGUUGUACAACCUUCCAAACUACUUUUGUCUUGGAUUGUAGCUAGUCCUGCGCAGAUCAUUUAAGGGAAAAAAGGACGGAGUCAUAACGUUCUGCGUAGGUUUAUCCCAGCUAAAAGGAGACGGGAAACGCUCUGAUUGGUCAAAUAUCUCCCGCAAACAACUAAGAAGACAUUUCCUGUAACUUAUUUGUCUUUCUUUUCAAUAGUCACUUGGAAGAAGCUCGCACCACAGGUCUCGGAAGACAACUAUGCAUUGUCAGGACCACAGUUACUGUCGCAAGCGCGAGCUGUGUCACAGCGUCUUCAAGAUUUGUUUCCCUAAGCAAACGCACAGAACAAGAAUGAAACUAACGAAAAAUACUAGAACAUCACCCUCCUGCAAGAGUAACGAUGAUUGCCGGCGAAAUCAAUCUUGCCAUGCAAUUUUUGGGACCUGCGUGGACAUCCCUCGUAUGCAACCAACUAUAGCAACCAAGUCUCGUGCAGCCAUUCACAUGUGCAAUGAUAAUUCUGAAUGCCCCGGCGGGCAAUACUGCCACGACUUUUUUAAUAUGUGCUUGCCAAAUCUCACAUUGUACUUUAAACCUACAAGUUCCCCACCUGUCGCUGACUGUAGAUCAAAUACCGACUGCAAAAACGGAGAAUUCUGCCACAACUUGAGCCGUUUAUGCCUACCAUUUCCCACACCAGCCACAACAGAUCCAACUCGAAAAGGCUCGUAUGCCUGUAGUUCUCAUGCCGACUGCAAGAUGACAGAAUUCUGCCAUUUUCUGAUUGGGAUGCGGCGACGAGAUCCAACUAGAACUGGCGCCCAAGACAAAACGCUCAAGAAUGCUCUAGGUGUGUGCAUCGCUCGGGCCUUGAAGGAAGUUCCUGACGAUCCAAGCCCGGUCUUUUUAAAUUGCAGUCAGAGUUCAGAAUGCGGAAAGGGGAGAUGUUGCUUGAGUGACCUAGGGUUAUGCGUUGGCUAUCGCCUGCCUGGACAACUUUGUGUUGCAGAGGUGAGUGUAGAAAAUUGUAAUAUAUUUAACUGAAUAGCAAAAAAUAAACUGAAGCCUGUUAAAAUGUCGUGGAAGCGCAAUGCUAUAGUGGCCAACAUAUAGUCUAUCGACUUGGAACUCAACAGCUGUUUGAUCGACGUUGUUUGGAAAAGGCAUUUUAUUCCACGUUGCCUCGUCUGCGUGGGAAUACGCACCAAAAGGGUUAUGAUUGGGUUUACCCUGCGAUGGCGCAGCAUUCGUUUCUAGGUGGAGCGGUAUCACCUUUGCCUUAUCAUCAGUGGAAAGUACUCAGGCCCGACCACUAACAGGGGAGACGUCGGUUCGAUUCUGGCUCGAGACUAAACAGGUCUGUUUUUCUGUCCAGAUGAGGUGUGUAUGAGGAAAGGUGUCUCACAUAAUAUAAUUUAUUAUGGUAAAAUUAGUUAUAUUUAAACUGAAGAAUGGUAUAUGGGAUAUAACUUAUAUUAGUGUAGCCUUUCCCAGACUGGGGCAUCACGGCUUGUCAGUACAAAAAGUGGAUGGCCGUUCUUCUUGUUAAACUUGCCACCACAUAUCUGACAAAUGUCGGGCAUUUCCAGUUUAAUGCUUAUACGCAGAUACCUUUUGGUCACCGUUUGUUUUAUUCACUAUUAUUAUUAUUAUUCUAUUAUUAUUAUUGUAUUGAUUUAGCUUCCUUAUUUCACCUAAACUUGGAAGCACAAUGUCAGUGGCUGAAUUCUCCAUGACCACGGUGCACCACUAACUCUCAACUACGUAAUUCCGGUGUUUCCCAUAAGGAAAGUUUUUUCUGCUCUUAACUUCAGUCGUCGUAGCUAAAAUUACUUUGAACCUUAAGAACAUAUCUAUAAUUUCUGUAAGUUACUGUAUAUUUAAUUGUUUUCUCGUUUAGGAAGUGUCAUUUUCUUGUCCUUGCUUGCCCGGAUUUACCUGUAUCAGUAGAAGACGCCCAAUGCGGAUGAGAAGGCUUCAGAAAAAGCUAAAGCUAACAAACGAGGCAAUAAAGAAGUUGAAUUUAACAACAACCGAGUUCAAGGUUGGGAAGUGUCAGCUCCUGUCAGAUUAAAAUGUAAAACUGAUUUUACGUCAACGGAGAACGUGUAAAGGAGGAUAUAGAAACGAUGACCGAGUGAUGAGCAAGAGUUUCGUCUGUAUACUUGAUCUGAAUAACCCGGAAGAAUGAAUUACAUAUUCUACGUUGGAUGGUAAUGGUGGAUUGUUUGAGACGAAAGGCUGUGCUAUGCGAUAGUUUAGUGUACAAAAAUAGCAUUCAGAGUAAUAAUGUAUAAAACUCUCUUCAAUAUGUUGUAACUUCAAAAAAUCCUUUGGUUGAAUCAAAAUCAAUCAACAAAAGUAUUUGUUUUAUUUGAGCUGUGAACGAUGAGGGUGAUCAACAGAAUUGGUUUCUUUCACUUUUCACGAUUACGAGCAGACAGCUUCAUUGAAGUAAUGCACGUUAUAA